CAGUCGCCUUUCGACAGUUAUUUGGUGAGGGUUAAUAAGACCGAAAUCUCAAGAAAUCGAAGUACGAUUCAAAUCCAAAAUUGAAUCUAUCAAUACAGAUCUAACCAAAAUAAAAUGUCCUAUCGCGGUGAUGUAUACUAUGAGGACGACCUAGAUGAACAAGAAGAUGAAGAAAAUGAGAUUGAUGUAUUGAACAGCAAAUUGGAAGAUCUAAAGGCUAAACUAGUAGAGAAGGAACGAGAGGUUUUUGAUCUUAAGAGCGCCCUUAAAGUCCAUACCGAACUAGGUCCAUCUGGUCCCCAUAAGGGUCCUCUUGUAUUCCUAAACCACUCGAAGAUCCCCGGCCUUCGAUACGUCUCUACGAUUGGCGACAGACCCUUUGCGGCUAUUUUCGAGGAUAUUUCCACCGAAGGUCCUAACUGGAUGGUAGUUCAUCGUCGGUUAGAUGGAAGUGAAGAUUUUGGCGCACAGCAGGAUCAUAGAAAUCCUUUCGGAGACCUAAAUGGAGAGUUCUUUCUGGGCUUGAAGAUUCUACAUAGCGCGACUAGUCGUUGCAGGCACGAACUGUACAUUGAACUCGAUGACUUUCAUGAUGUAAGGGCAUUUGCCAAAUACGAUCACUUUGAGGUGGGAAGUGAGAAUGAGCACUUCCGAUUGAAAUCCUUGGGCGCCUACACGGGAAAUGCUGGCGAUGCUUUGCACAGCCAUUUGAAUCACAAGUAUGUGUCCAUAGAUGUAAUUAAGGAUGGUGAUCUCAAGGUAUUCGAAUGAUGGAGUAGUGAUGGUUAUAUGUGCAAUUUGAAUGGACCAUAUCAUAAGACGAAAACACCAACUAAUGAGAAUUUGGGUAUUUUCUGGGGUAACUGGUACAAUGGCAAGGGAUACUCGCUGAAGGCUUGCAAAAUGCUGAUAAGACCACACGAUUGGAAAGCAGAGA